GUGGCACGGUGGCAGGCGGCGGUGGCUGCAGGGGCGCGGGCGCCAAAUUGCCAAAUUGAAGCCCGGCGGCGGGAGGUCCGCGAGGCCCCCUGAAGACUCCAACCACCAUCUGUGCUCUUCUGGGCAAGACCCAUGGCACCAGCUCGCACCGCGAACCGUCGAGCACAACGCGAUCACGCCUUCCAGCAGCCCGUCGCUCAGCCCGACCCAAACCAUGACCCGUCGCAAGACAUAUUUAUCGACCCCAUGAUGGGCACUGCCCUCCAAAUCUAUGUCGAGAAGGACGUCGAGGGCAGAGACACCAUAGUAGAGCUCAUAACGACCCAUGGAGGAAUAGUGUCUCCCGGCUAUAGUGGUGUACCCUACAUCCUAGUGGAUCCGUAUAAGGAGUCUGGCCAAAGCUUGUUUCGCCAAUAUACCGGCAAGAAGGGCAAGAUUAUCCUGAACGCCAAGUGGGUGAUCGAAUGUGUCAAUACUGGUCAGCUGCAAACGUAUCACAACAACUGGGCGGAAUGUAAGGUUACAGGGGAAGAGCAAGUGAUCCCUGAGACACGACAUGUCCAGCCACCUGCUCCUCUUCUGCCUCCGCCCGUAAUGCCCAUUCCGGAAGAGAUGGCACACCAGAUGCAGCAGGUGCCUCCUCCUCCUCUACCUCCACAGGUCCUCGACCCACAAGCCCAACACCCCCCGCCUAUCCCUCCACCGAUCUCAGCCGCAGCGACCGAUCCGCUGGUGCACCACCCCCAACACGCCUUCCCUUAUGCAGUGUACGGCCCACCAUCCAUGCACCCUCCAACGGCUGCUCCUCCUCAGUCCUGGCAGGCCGCGAAUGGCAUUGCGCCCUCGCAGACACACAUGCACCCGCCGCCACCGCCACCGCCACCACACAUGAUUCCGCAUGAUCCGUACAGGGAUGGGCAAGCAGCUUGGGCAGGUCCCUACCACCAGCCGCCUCCACCACCACCGCCGCACCCGGGAGCUAUGGUUCCACCUCCCCCUGGCGCUGAGUAUGACUACAGAUACAGGGAUGACCAACGUACGUGGGUUGCUCCACCGGAGUACUAUCAGCAGCCGUACGAACCCGCGCCAUAUCCCGAACAAGAUGCAUAUAUGGAGGAAGUCGGUCCUUCCACCGCAGAUUCAUCCACGGUCGCGGCUGCGCCAACGGCCGAAGCAGAACCGUCCCCUGCGGGCGACAAAUCCAGAGGCCGGAAGCGAGUCCGGGCUCAGCCUCAACCUGCCCCACCCGCCUCGACUCUAGUGGCUAACCGCCGGAAUCCUCCUGCGCGGUCACCGACUCCUCCGACACGGGUGAUCAAGAGUACAUACGGCGGCAAUCUCUUCACGUCAGACGAUGUAAUGUAUCUCAAGAAGUACAUCGACUACAGUCAAGAACAGGGUUUGGUUUUAAGCCUGCGAGAGAUAUGCGAACGGAUUGCCGUCAAGGCUCCCCAUCAUACGUUUUACUCAUGGCGCCGGUAUUGCAACAAGCAUCAGAUCCGAUUAGGAGGUUAUGUCAUGGACGUUCCUGAAGGGGAUGAGGACUUGGGGAGCGAUGAACCGCAGUCACAACAAGUCCAGCAAGGCCAACAGCCACAACAGCCGAUGGAUGCGCCGCUACCGCAACCGCAAGACAUGGCAGAUAAUCAGCUGCAGCAUAUACCGAUUCCUGGUGCCGCCCCCGGCACUAUCGCAGCUGCCCACCGGGUGGCCGCAGCAGACGUGAACCGCACAAGGUCACCAACGCCGCCUCGGGCGCUCUUCCGAAGCACGACAGGGAAGGGUGUCGCCUUCACCGACGAAGACGUGACAUUCCUCGUGCGCUUUCUGGAGUACCGGAACCGGACCCAGAGCGGGAAGAUUGAUAUGGUGACGUUCUGGAAGGAUGUCGCUGCGAAGGCUCCGCACCAUUCGCGCGCUUCGUGGAUGAAAUUCUAUCGCAGGCAUAAGCACGAGCUGCAUCAUUCGGACGAAGACGCGCCCUUGCCCGCACCGCCGGAGAAGAAGAUGCGGUACAGUCGUCAGGACGAUGUGCUGCUCGCAAAGCACUUCUACCACAAGCCCGAGGGUACCUCCGACAGAGUGUUCCAGGAUUUCGGACGCUUGUAUCCGCAUCAUCCUUGGAAGGGCUGGCAAGAGCACCACCGGAUACACAAGGCGAAAAUCGACCAUUUGAUUCAUUUGCUGGGGCAAGGGGAGAACAUUGACGUAGGACCGGAUAAAUAGACUUUCGUAUCAUGCGGUCGGCUUGCUUGUAUUAUUAUUAUUUUGUAAUGUUCACUGGUGGAGAGGCAUACUAUUGGGGGCGUACGAAUGUA